GGUGUUAGAACAGAUAGCUAUCUAUGAGACGUUAAUAGGGAAUUAACGUGAGAUGUAUCCUUAGCUGCGGGAUGGAAACGACCUGUGGAUCAGGACAAUUUGCAAAAAGGAAGAAGACUUCGCUUUGGUUCACAGUCUCACUGCUGGUAGUGUCUGUUUUCAUACUGACUAUAGGUCUGGCAGCUACCACAAGAACUGAAAAUGUUACUGUGGGAGGCUACUACCCAGGCAUCGUUCUUGGCUUUGGAUCUUUCCUAGGGAUUGUUGGCAUCCACCUGGUAGAGAACAGAAGACAAAUGCUAGUAGCUUCCAUCGUUUUUAUCAGCUUUGGCGUGGUAGCAGCGUUCUGUUGUGCAAUAGUUGAUGGAGUGUUUGCAGCACGGCACAUAGAACCCAGACCUUUGUAUAACAAAAGGUGCCAGUUUUAUUCAAGUGGAACAGGAUUCCUAUAUGAUACCUAUCAGACAGAGGUGACAUGCUAUACCUUAAACAGCAACUGCCAGCUGAAAGUAAAAAGUAACACAUGCUAUUGCUGUGACCUGUACAACUGUGAGAAUGCAGAGCAGUCCUCCAGCUACUAUGAAUUUCUCGGCGUGAGCAGCUGUCAGGACGUGGUUCACCUGUAUAGGCUGCUGUGGUCCUCAACAGUCCUCAACAUCAUUGGUUUGUUUCUGGGGAUUAUUACAGCAGCCAUUCUUGGGGCAUUUAAAGACAUGGCACCUCUGUCCCAGAUUGCUUUCAGUGCUGCACCUCCUCCUCAGAUCCUGUACAACCCUGCCCAGCAGAUCCUGACAUAUGCUGGAUUCUGUCCUUCUGCAGCAACUAUUUCUACAUAUCCUUCCUACCCGUUACCUCUUCAGCCUGCCAGCAAUUUUCCAGGAACAUCAUCUACUGACAUUUCUUUAUCAGAAGAAACUCAGCCUCCAUCUCAGUCCAGCUCCAGCUAUGGUCUUCCCGCCAGUGCUCCAGCCCUCUAUACACCGACUUACUUUUUGCCUGGAGAAAAGCCUCCACCAUAUGCACCAUAGAAGAAAGAAUUUGUUUCAAGUACAUUGUAGCUUUUAUUUUGUUUUUAAGAAACCUCUGAAAAAUCAUGCUGUGCAGGCACUAUACUUCUCAAAGAACCCACCACACAGAGAGUGUUAUGGCCACUCUGCUUUUACCCACAACUUGCUGUGAGCUGGGCAGGAUAUAUAAGGGCAGGCAUAUCACCAGCAGAGUGACCAGUCACCACCGGUUUGCCUGCAGUCAAAUGCAGUGUUGCUUUCUGGCUACCGUAAACAUGAGUUUUUUCCUUCUCCAUCUACUGGAGAAUGAUUUUUCUUCAAGAGGAGAAAUGAAGAAAGCACCUCAGAUACGUGUUCUGCUCUCAUAAAUCAAGUCAGAGGGGCUUUAGCCUGUAUUGUCUGAGUGUGUAGUCUGGAGCUUUCUGAGUCAAUCAUUUUGGGUAGAAAGAGACAGAUGUUUGUUGGCUUGUAGUAUUUAUUUAAUAACCCUUUUUGGUGAAAGUGUUGUACCAAUAAAAAGAAGUGUGGCAAUUAUUUUACAAUAAAAUCGACUGUGUAUAUUUAUACUGUACCUAAGGCUGUGUAUAUUUGUAAGGACAACCAAAGAACUGAGAAAAAGUUACCCUACCAAAUCACAGAUAGUUCCUUCUUUUAAGUUUCAAACAGAAGGGUUAAUUUUAUUGGGAUUAUUUUGUCCAAACUUUGUGGCAGUCUACUCUGCAUAAAAAAAUUUUAUGUCAGUGUGCUAAAGAUGCGGUUCCCAGACAGGUAUUUAAGCUGCACUUUAGCUUUCAAAUUAAGUCCUUUCAAUCAAACAGGGACUACAAACAAAACCACUCUAAGUUAAACCCCAGCUAUUUUUUUUUAAACUGAUCAAGACCUGAUCUAAGCAUUUUACAAAACUGAACCGAAUGGAUGAGUAGUCAGAAUUUCUUCUAUUUUUUUUUUUUUCCAUUUUCUCCUCUUGUAUAGAGAAAAUACGUUGACAAGGCUAGACAGCAAUACCUGCAGCAGUGCCAUCAGUGUCUUGUUCCUGUUGUGGGCACUCUGCCCCCUUACCGUGCAUCAUGUUAGCUGCGAUCUCUCUUAGCACAUGGCUGCUGUAUUUUGGGGCAGGAGUAUCUUAGGAGCAGGAAAAGCCAUCAGAUUGCUGUACCUCUUCAGUGCAUUUUGCUCCUGGAGGAAGGGUGGUGGUGCUGCUUGCUCUAUGGAUGUUACAGUCUAGACGGCAAUGAAGCUAUAGAAAUUUCCUGAAAGGCCAAAGAGCAAAGCAGGGAAAGGAAGGUAUUUGUCACUAACUUUUUAAGCAGCUGCUUCAUAUUAUGAAAAUAUAAAAAGAAACUAUAUAAACAAAACCAGCCUGCUUGACAGUUUCCUUUGAAAGGAAGUGACACCAUCAGACUAACUGAAAAUAGCACAAAGAAUGAUCAGCCUUUUAUAUAAUAUUUUCCGCUUUUCAAGAAAUUUGUUAGUUUAUGUGUUGUACCUCUAUGUAUAAAAACCACAUUCAGUACCAAACUUAUAAGAUCAGAGGGUAAUUUAUAUGGACAAUGAAAACCAUGUUUUGCUCAAUUAAGAGGGAUUUUCUGAGAUGCAGUUUUAGGCCAGCAAUGUUAACAUCAGUGACAAGAUGCCUUACGUAUAUUGUCGACAAGGUGAGUUAUAUGACCCCAAUUAAGAGAAAUAGAAGGCAGAGAGGAGACCAUUAUUUUUCCCUUAAACAAUAAUUUAAUGCAUUCAAAAUGCUUAAUUCUUGUGCAAAUGCAUGAUGUGAAGAGCACAAUCACCCUGGUCAUGAAAUGCAUGUAAACUACUUUUACUUCUUUUUACUCACUAUGAAUACUAUCGGGGGUCCACCAGUCUUCAUUUGAGGGACUUACAGCUCAACUCAAACUUUCUUCCUUUGAGUUGAGCACCUUGACCUCUAAUAAAACAAAAAUUAAAUCAAAUAUUUCUUUUGGGUUGAUGCAUAGUGACUAAGAAGUAAUGAAGGAAUACUUAUCACUUUUUUUCUCUUUUCAAUAGUGUAUAGAAGCAGCUGCCUCUUCUUCCGGCAUGGUACUGCUGUAGGUUAUUAAAAACAAUCCAGCUUGACACAAGGGACGCCCACUUUCUUUAAUUCUGCAGACUUACAAAGUCUGUCCUUCUCUUCUACACAACAUUUUGGGUUUGGAGGUGUUGUGGUUUAUGCAAAAUAUCUUUGCAUACACGCACACAGAUGCACAGUCCCACACUGUACCACACUGUACCAUAGGAUUCAUAUAUCCAGGAUCCAAAACAAUUCUGGCCUCAUAUAUAGCACCACUUACAUUAAUACAAAAGUCAGACAUGUUUGUGAUUCACUCAUACCACACCGUAGUAUUUUGAGAACUACCACAGAAAUUAUACAAAAAUACCAGAUAUAAGACCAUUUUGCUAACAAGCUUCCUUUGAAAAGAACAAAGUAAUACAGGUUUUGUUCCAUGUACUCGGUUUAUAAAAUAGUAGGUAUCUUCGGAGUCUGUACUGUUUUCAUUAGAGCUACUCCAGGUUAAAAAGAUGGCAGAAGUAUUUUGGUAAAGGAUUAAAACAACCAUGAAAAACACAUAGAAACCAAAACAUUGCAGUGUGGAAGUGCUAUUAACCACAAUAUCUUCAGGAUUCCCGGCUCUCACUGGAGAUACUAAACUAAUGUUUCUUGGGUUGUCCAUCAUAUCACAAAUUGAUUCAGAGUCAUUAACUCUCCCAGAAAGCACUCUCAGGAAUACCAUUGUUUUGAUUCCUCAAUAAAGAAGCAAAACCAUAUCACUACUGGAUUUUCCAAUCCAUGCACAUUCUGCCAAUAAAUUAUUAUUGUCUCAUGAGCAACUCUCGUUUUAAACUUGCAUCUGGUCACACCUGAGUGUAAAGAGCCUUUUGAUAGGCCCUUCUAUAAGCAUAAAUGAGUAGGUCAGUUGAAAGCAAUAAAGCUUUUGUCUUUUCUGUCCUACUGCAUUACUACUGACUAAUUUGGCCAUGAUACUGAGCUAUAACAUCAUGCUGUCUAAUGGCUAAGAGAGUACCUUCUUCUUUGCUAAAUAAAGUAGGGAUGCUUACCAGCAAGUACGUUUGGCACAGUCUUCCCCCUCUUCUAUCCUUUCCGCUGGGACAGUUAUGUCUCCACAGCUUGGUCACAGAUGUUGUCACACAUGGUUUAUCAGGCUAAUCUGUCAUCUCCAUAUUCAACUAGGCAAAACAUGUCAAAGAAUGGCCAGGCAUAAUUCAUAAAAGACCUUGCAGGAUCAGACAUUUUCCAUGUUAACCCUCUGAACCAUAGGGUAACCUUAACCACAACAGGAUCUACCUGUCUUUCUCAGUUCAUUAAUCUGAUGCAAGACAAGGACCAAAUGAAGCAAGAUUUUA